AUGGGGUUUGUGAAGGGAAGUUCGAAAGCAUUUCUCAUCAUUGGAUUCUUGUUUCUUCUAGAUUGCGUCUUUGCUCAAGAAUGCAGCACUGAGAAGCCAAAGGUUUAUGUAGUGCAUUUAGGCGCGAAGCAACAUGAUGAUCCUGAGUUGGUCAUAGCAUCGCACCACAAGAUGUUGGAAUCGGUUUUUGAUAGCGCGGAAGCUGCUAGAGAGUCCAUCGUCUACAACUAUCGCCAUGGGUUUUCAGGGUUUGCAGCCAGACUUACAUCGUCACAAGCUAAGAAACUUAAAGACCGUCCUGAUGUUUUCAGUGUGGCAUCAAACCGAAAGCAUACGAUGCAGACCACUAGGGCUUUCGACUAUUUGGGAGUUGCUCCGAAUAUGCCCAAUGGAAUUCUCCAUGACAGCGACAUGGGAAGUGAACUUGUGGUUGGUAUUCUCGACUCAGGAAUAUGGCCGGAGUCGGCGGGUUUUAGCGACGAAGGGCUUGGACCGAUACCGAAACAUUGGAAGGGGAAGUGUGUAGCCGGAGAAAAUUUUGACCCAGCAAAGGAUUGCAACAAGAAGUUAGUAGGAGCAAGGUACUACACAAAUCGCUAUACUGAGAACAGUGGGGACAAUAUCGGCAAGGAUGAGUUUCUGUCCCCUAGAGGUUAUUUAUCACACGGAACGCUAUGCGCUUCAAUUGCAGCCGGCGCAUUCGUUCCUAACGCGUCAUAUAUGGGUCUUGCACGUGGACUCAUGAGAGGCGCUGCUCCAAAGGCACGUAUAGCUGUAUACAAGGUUAUCUUCGAUUCAGAGCGUACGGGUACUCACAUUUCAGAUUGUACCAUGGCAAUCGAUGAUGCCAUCAAUGAUGGCAUUGAUGUAUUAUCGAUAUCAAUUGCCCCAGCUGGGCCUCCUUACCAUACAUAUACCACUCCUGGGGAAGAUAUUGAGCUUGGUUCGUUCCACGCGGUGUUGAAGGGCAUACCUGUUGUUCUUGGUUCUAGUAAUUCCGGCCCAAGAGCUUCCACUACGACUGGUUUAGCUCCCUGGAUGUUCUCUGUUGGUGCAAGUUCCAUUGACCGUACCUAUUAUGUAGACAUUACUCUUGGCAAUAACCUAACCAUACAUGGUCAAGCUUUGUAUAAUCGUGGGGAAGUAUCUGGUGAAUUAAUUUACGUAGAAGACUGGCAAACCGACUCUUCUUAUCGAGAAGGACAAAUUUCCCUAACGUUUUUGGAAGAUGCUACGACUAUGGCGUCUACUGUGACCACCCUCGCUGGCGUUGGUACCAUCAUUGCACGAAGUUCGGAUUAUAUGACUGACGUUUUUCUUAAUUGGCCAGGCGUCCUCGUGGACUACGAAGUCGGAAUCAAGAUUCUACAAUACAUCCGCUCCACAAGCUCGCCAACGGUUAAAUUAAGUAGAGGUAAAACGUUCGUGGGACGUCCAAAAUCAACUGUAGUUGCAGGAUUCUCGGGUAGAGGGCCUAAUCCAACCGAUCCAGCCAUUCUCAAGCCUGAUAUUGUAGCCCCCGGUGUGUUGAUUUUAUCAGCUGACCUUGCAGACGGAAGUACAACAGGAUUCUCCCUAAAUCAAGGAACAUCCAUGUCCACCCCUCUUGUUGCCGGAAUCGUCGUACUAUUGAAAGCUUUACACCCUGACUGGUCUCCUGCCGCUUUAAAAUCAGCUAUCAUGACUACAGCGUGGAAGACUGAUCCAUCUGGGCAACCAAUCUUUUCGGAAACAAUACCAAGGAAGCUGGCAGAUCCAUUUGACUACGGUGCAGGACUAAUAAACCCGGAAAGAGCCAGAGAUCCAGGACUAGUUUACGACAUGAACCUCGACGAUUACAUCUACUAUUUCUGCGCCAUUGGCUACAACGAGACAUCAAUAACUUUACUCACCGGGAAAAAUACUAAAUGCCCGUCUCCGUUACCUUCUAUUCUCGACGUUAACUAUCCAGCCAUCACGAUUCCUGACCUCAAAGAUGAAGUGACCGUCUCGAGAACGGUGACUAAUGUUGGACCUGUGGAUUCGGUUUAUAGAGCUGUGAUCGAGCCUCCGCGAGGUGUAAAGAUUGCUGUUGAACCGGAAACUCUUGUGUUCAAUUCGAGCAAGAAGAUACUUGGGUUCAAAGUUAGGGUAACGACGAGUUAUAAGAGUAACAUGGCGGUUUACUUCUUUGGUAGCUUCACGUGGACUGAUGGUACACGAAACGUUACUAUUCCUUUGUCUGUAAGAACUCGGGUUUGA